AUGCCUUCGUCGAUCAUUAGCGCCUUGGAGCUCCUGGACAUCAAGGAUGGCUUGCUCCCCGCUGUCGUCGAUAAGCGCGACGACGAGUUGGCGAGGCCAGAGACGAGCAGCGUUGCUUUGGACGGCGAGCGACAGCCCGAGGCCACGACGGCGCGCAUUUCUUCGACCUGUGAGCGUAUGCCUCUAUCAAAGUCUGAGGAAGGCUAUUCCGUGGCCCCGACCACCUCUGUGCUCUCUCUUGCCACCCCCGCUCUCGCCAACGAGUCUGCAUCGGUGAUCGACAUUGCACGGGCACCCUCGAGCAUCACUCUCCCAGCAGAUAGCUCGUCUACAGCCGCACUCGACUCGUCUAUCAUCCUCAACUCGCAGCGCGAUCCCGCAACCGCCGCCUUUGUGCAAGCCAACCGCGAGAGGAGCCCCUCUCCAAGGACCUACGUCCACAGUCCCUCCGUCCUGUCCUUGGCGACCUCGAACGAAGGCGCAUUCAACCCGGGGCGUGCAGUUGUGGUUCCGGCACCCCCUUUCCUCGCCGCCCAGAAUAUGUCGGCAUUCUCCAGGUCACCUUUCUUCCGCAGGGUGGAAGAACGUGAGGUCAUUACAUGCCAAAUAUGCCUGGAUGAAGAACCCAUGGACGAGUCCGUCACCAUCCAGACCUGCGGCCACUCGUUUGGCCGCGAGUGCAUGCGGAGCUACAUCCUCUCCCGUCUCGACGAGCGGCGAUACCCUAUCCCCUGUCCCACCUGCUCUGCAUCGGAUGAUUCUGGCCCCAACCCAGGAUUGGUAACAAGCGGGAUCGCCACACAGGUCAACCUCUCGGACGCAGAUUGCGCCCGUUGGGACGAAUUGGAGUUUCUCAUGCAUGCGGUCAAGUUUGAAUGCGACAAGUGCCUCAAAUCGCAUGCUGUUGAUCGUCUCAAGCUCGUCAAGGAAAAGUCAAAGAAGCGGAUCUACUGUCCGACUCCUGGGUGCGACCAAGUCUGGUGCAGAAACUGUCAGACAAAGAUCGAUGCAUCCAACAAACAGAAGCACGUCUGCGAGGGUAAGAAGGAGCUCCAGAAGCUGCUCAAGAAAGAAGGCUGGCGCCAAUGUCCCGGGUGUGCAGUGCCUGUUCAGAAGAUUGCUGGGUGCAAUCAUAUCGCGGAUGUAAUACCCAUUUCUGCUACCGCUGUGGCGACAUUCUCAUUCGCAGCGUCUUCGGCUCUGAGAUUCAUCAUGCAAUCUCCAAUCAUUUCAGACGGCGUCUCUAUUUUUGGAGAUGCUCUCAAUUCCAUGAUCUCUCGCGCGGCCGCGGACACCACGUCGCCCAUCGCGGUGAUUGCGCGGCAUCUACAGCGCGCAGACGCGUUUGCUCUGUCUAAACUCGAUCUAACAAGCCUUCUGAACAGUAUGCGUGAAAUUGUACACCUCCAGACCGGCCAGUGCGGCAACCAGAUCGGUGCCAAAUUCUGGGAAGUCGUCUCUGACGAACAUGGCAUUGAAAGAAAUGGACUCUACAAGGGAACCAAUGACCUCCAGCUGGAGAGGAUCUCCGUCUACUACAAUGAGACCGGAGACAACAAGUAUGUCCCCCGUGCCGUGCUCGUCGAUCUCGAGCCCGGAACGAUGGACUCUGUCCGCUCUGGUCCCCUUGGAGGACUGUUCCGCCCCGACAACUUUGUCUUUGGACAGUCUGGUGCUGGUAACAACUGGGCCAAAGGCCACUACACCGAGGGUGCAGAGCUCGUCGACUCUGUGCUCGACGUUGUCCGCAAAGAGGCCGAGGCCACCGACUGCCUCCAGGGCUUCCAGAUCACCCACUCGCUGGGUGGUGGAACUGGCGCCGGUAUGGGUACGCUCUUGAUCUCGAAGAUUCGAGAGGAGUUCCCCGACAGAAUGAUGUGCACUUUCUCCGUCGUUCCCUCGCCAAAGGUCUCGGACACCGUCGUCGAGCCCUAUAAUGCCACCUUGUCCGUGCACCAGCUCGUCGAAAACUCGGACGAGACUUUCUGCAUUGACAACGAGGCCUUGUAUGAGAUUUGCUUCCGCACUCUCAAGCUCAACACCCCGACGUAUGGUGACCUUAACCACCUCGUCUCCAUUGUCAUGUCCGGCAUUACGACUUGCUUGCGCUUCCCUGGUCAACUCAACUCGGAUCUCCGCAAGAUGGCUGUCAACCUCGUGCCGUUCCCUCGUCUCCACUUCUUCAUGGUUGGCUUUGCUCCAUUGACCGCUCGUGGCAGCCAGCAAUACCGCGCCGUUACCGUCCCCGAAUUGACGCAGCAAAUGUUCGACGCAAAGAACAUGAUGGCUGCCUCUGACCCAAGACACGGACGCUACCUUACGGUCGCUGCCGUCUUCCGUGGAAAGGUCUCGAUGAAGGAGGUCGAAGAGCAGAUGCAAAAUGUCCAGAACAAGAACUCUGCCUAUUUCGUCGAAUGGAUCCCGAACAAUGUCCUCACCGCUCAGUGCGAUAUUGCUCCUCGCGGUCUCAAGAUGGCAGUCACAUUCAUCGGCAACUCGACGGCCAUUCAGGAGCUCUUCAAGCGUGUGUCGGAUCAGUUCACAGCCAUGUUCAAGCGCAAGGCUUUCCUUCACUGGUACACCCAAGAGGGCAUGGACGAGAUGGAGUUCACCGAGGCCGAGUCCAACAUGCAAGAUCUCGUUGCCGAGUAUCAGCAGUACCAGGAUGCCGUCGAGGAGGAGGGCGAGUACGAGGAGCAGGCUGCCGAAGAGGAGGAGGCAUAA